AUGACUUCCAUGGCGGAUGUUCCGGUGUACAUGUUACCUGGAGUACCGGUGGUGCAACCGCCUCAUCUCGAGGGUCUUUCAGAUCCGUCUCUUUCAACUGAAAUUUUACCAGGUCCACCUUCCCUGCUGUCUGUUCAGCAGGCUGCGCACAAGCGCGACCCAAAGAAACCAGGAGCUUUUGUGUCAUAUCUGCCAGCAUCUGAUCCGGGCUCCACUUACUCUGGAUUAAUGGCUUCUACUGCCCUCAGUGCCACAGACGCUGAAGGGCAACGACGCAAACGUGCUAGGGUCGACAAAGGAGCCGCAAAUGGGAGGGCUCAGCGUGCAUCUGCUCGCAACUUGAACAACAGUGCUAUUCCUGCGUCGGAUCUCAUCGUCCCUGAAGCAUCUUCUCGCCAACUCAGUAUACCCCCACUCCCAGACUCCGACCCUUUUCCAGUAAACCACGACUUUGACGAGCUUUCAAUUUCUCGAGCUACCUCUGCUCCUGCUCUUGAUGAACCCUUGCCGCCCCAAUUGCCUCCUCCAGUUGUAUCAAAUGGGAGAGGAAGACCGAGAAAAGACAAAGGAAAAGGAAAGGAGAUGGAGAAACACUCUGUAAAGAUCAAGGAGGAACCGAUGGCCACGUACUCGCUCUCCCCUGACCCUUCACUUGGACUGUUGAACGAAGAUCACUGCUCAUCCUGUCGGUCAUUGGGAGCUCUGGUAUAUUGUGAUGGAUGCCCACGAGCCUUUCAUCUCUGGUGCUUGGACCCACCAAUGGAAACCGUGGACUUGCCAGAACUCGGAGAAAGGUGGUUUUGUCCUAGCUGCACGAUUCGGAAGCAUCCACCAAUCAAACCCCCUCCUUCCUUCAUGUCGCCCCUUAUUCACCAAGCACAGACAAACAUUCCGAAAGAAUUCCAGCUUCCAGAAGAUGUUCGAAGUUUCUUCAAGGAUGUUGCUACUGGUUCCAAUGGAUGUUACAUUGAUAGCUCAGAGAUCAAACCACCUCGCCUGAAUCGCCAUGGUCAACUCGAGGAGCGCGAACCGUACCGCCUCAAGGACAAGAACGGUGUUCCUGUGCUUUGCUUCCGUUGUGGAACAUCUACCCUUCCAAGUGUUGUUGAUGUAUCUGCUCCAGCAGUAAAGCGUUCCAGGAGGUCAACCUCGUCCUCCCAUAGUGCCACCCCCGAAGUUUGGAGAAGCAUGGUGUCUUGCGAUUACUGCAGUCUUCACUGGCAUUUAGAUUGUCUCGACCCACCUCUCGUGACUAUGCCUCCGUUCAAUAAGAAGUGGAUGUGUCCCAACCACGCAGAUCAUGUGUUGCAACCCAAGCGUCGCGUUCCAAAGCAAAACCCACUUAUAAUAGACAUCACAAAACCGCGUCAGUUUAACAACGGCAAUAUCGAUAUCGUCCACCCACAAGGCACUUCGAUUGCAGAGAAGUUAGUCCUUGAUGAAAUCCUUAUCAAUGGCCGAAGAUAUAGGGUACCGGAGAAAGUAAUCAUGCUCGAUUUCUGGAAUAAGAUCAGCAAAGAUCAACAUCUUGAUCAAAGUAGGCCACCGGUGUCCGCGAUCUCUUCGCCGCUCACAUCCCUGAGCUCUUUGGAUGAUUUCGAUGAAAGCAUUGGCGCAUUACCAGAAGGUCCUCUUAUCUCAAGAGAUGAGUUGCAUGCUGCGCAGCGAAUGCUGACCAUACAAACAGAACAAAGACAUGCUCCUAAUGGUAGACCAAGGAAUCUCGUUGAUUCCGGUACACAAACAGAAGCAGAGUUACCACCUGUAAUACCUCGGCCCCCGCAGGUGGAGGUAUUGAGAGCGUCUACUAACAAGAGGUUUUUGCAGCGCAAAGCACCUAUGAAGUCCGCUCUCCCUGCGGCUGAGAACGGUUCCGUCGCUAAGUUGUCAGUACAAACUUCUCUUGACCAGUCGGCUCCGGUGCGGCCUAAGAGGGCGCGAACUGCGGUGAAACAGGAGACGGAGGAGGUCAAUUUACGUCUGCUUGAUAACUGCGAGAAGCAAGUAGAGGCUGUGAGUACUAUUGAUUUCUUCGGGUCUCUCACUUACCAAGGGAAGUCCACGAGAACUACUCGCCAACGCCGUAAGCCCAGACCGUCGGAAACAACAAAGAACGAGGGUGCCGCCGUGGCAAGCGUCCAGGCCCCUGCGCCGGCAUCUAGCUCCGUGAUCCGAUCCGUGGGUCCUGAUGCUUCUGACUUGAGUAGUACUUCGGUACUGCCCACCUCCAAUUCUCACAAAGCAUCAGUCACAAUCACCCAGUCUACCCAGUCUGCCACUCCAACUGCUGUCAGCGCUGCAGUACAUUCGAAUGCUGCACCACCUGCGGCACCUGCACAUAAUGCAGCAAGUUCCAAGGAACCUCGUUCGAAGCGCCCGUUACGACGACAGGCUUCUGAUACUGCUACUGUCUCUUUAAGCGGCACAUCUUCGUCUGCGACUGAUGGUGGUGAUGAUUUUGAGCCAAGUAAACCCAGUAAGGCUUUCAUUUCUUGUUACGCAUCUUAG